GCCCCUGUUGACGUCAGGCGCUGGGCGAAGGGGUUGCCUUUGGCUGGAGUUGGUUCCUCGGAGUUCGGGUUUAAAUCGGAGUAAAGGUGGAGAAGUGGUCGGAGAUUUAACCAUUCCGUGGUGUUUAUAAAGAUCGUGCACGAGUCUGGUGUUGCCGCAUUCGGCUCCCCGGAGUGCGACAUUGUUCGGUGAGGCCCAGGAGCAGGUUGUACAAGCUUGUUCCUGAACUUGUAGACCAAUGUCGAAUCGUGUGUACGUGGACCCAAAAGGUGCUUAUGAUGAAUAUCAGUAUCCAGUUGUGUUUUUGCCACCGUAUGAGAAUCCUCCCCCCUGGAUUCCACUGCACGAGAGGUUACAUCACUCUGACUACAACAAUGAACUGACCCAAUUUUUGCCUCGAACCAUCCAGCUGAAGAAACCCUCUGGGGCUCAGCUUGGAUUCAACAUCCGAGGAGGCAAGGCCUCACAACUUGGCAUCUUCAUAUCAAAGGUGAUUCCUGAUUCUGACGCAGAUCAUGCAGGGUUACAAGAGGGCGAUCAAGUUCUUGCUGUGAAUGACAUUGACUUUCAGGACAUAGAACACAGUAAGGCUGUUGAGAUCUUGAAAUCUGCAAAAGAGAUUGUAAUGAGGGUUCGCUACUUUCCAUACAACUUUCGAAGGCAAAAGGAGAGAACAGUGCAUUAAGAGGAGGUACUACAGAUGACCAUGUGAUGGGAUCACUACACCUUAAAUUAGCUGGAAAAUUAAUACCUUUUCACAUCUUAACUGAUUGCAGUUGAGUCAGAAUGGGAUUUUAAAAUGUGUGGUAUUUAUUGAAAUGCAAAUUUUAUGGAAAUUAUUCUCUUGUUAGUCUGAAGUGAAAAGGUACCUGGUUCUGUAAAAAGAAAUCCAAUCCAUGAGCAGGUAGCCAUAAGAGUAAAAUGUUUGUACAACUUACACUUGAUAGUUUUAAUAAUGGAUAUUGUAUUUAGCUUUUUUCUAUAUAAAAAUAUAUCUGGAAAGCUGAAGGUUCAAAUCAAUACAUCGUCACCUCCCGCUAACUACUUUUUAAGCUCCAGCAGUAGCAACAUUUGCUUUACAAUGACAUAGGUUUUACUGUAGCAAUGAGAUUGUGUUUGUAUCAAAAUUCCCCACUUUUUCAUCUGGUGUCAAAUGGUAUGCAAAGAGAUUUUGAAAGAAACAUGCAUAUUUCUGCAACAAACUUACUUUGGUAGUUCUAGCAUGGGUGAAAGCCUGUAUUUUGUCAUUACAUCAACAAACCAGUAGAGUGGCUAUGUGAAAAUAUCUUGCUUUAUGAAUAAACAUUUUCUGUAACCAUUGGUAUACACAAGAGAAUUGAGUAGCUUUUCCCCAUUAAGCAAUCAGAAUUAUAACCUCAGAAACAAUAGACCCUACCUGCAAGAAUUACUGAUACCUAUUUUACCAAGAAACCAUGUAAACAAAUCACUUUACAAACUGGUAAUCAAAUUUCUUAAUGCAUAGAUUACUAAUAAAGUGGAAGUAAGAUGCAAA